CAAUUUCCAUAACCAUUUAGUUGUUCAAUUCAGCUACAAAAAGCUAUGCCUCUCCUCUCUCUCUCUCUUGCCAUGGUUAAAAAAAGCAAUCCCCUUUAUUUACUCCAUGGCAAUCCUGCCAUGCACAAAGCUGCUUCAUAUCAGAUUCACAGAGAGAGAGAAUCCACAUAUUUUGUUUUUGGUGAUCAUAGCUUGAAAUGAAGAGAGAGAAAGAGAGUAAUGGGCCCUCAAAAGGCUGCAAGGAGAAAUGAGUGGAACUGAAACACCAAACAGUAAUAUUACUAUACAUACUAUACUACUCAUCUCUCCUCUCUCUUGAUUCAUUUAAUCCUUUGCAGAGAUGCCCAUUUUUUCUUGCUUUUGAGAAUGCAUUUUGUACUAUGACCCUUUGUAUUUUCACUCUUCAAAAUAUGAUAAUCAUAAUAUCUAGCGGUUUAAUCACUCUUUUGCAAGAAAAAGCAACUCUCUUUUUUUCUUAGAUAUGGGUUUUCUCUGAAUCUCUGAAAUUCACCAGUUUCUUGAAAUUUGGGUUCUUUUUUUCUCUUCUUCAUGCAAGCAAAAACAGCUCACUUUUUGGGCCUCUUUUUAUUCUUUGCUACAUUGUGUUUUUGUUGGUGGGGUUUUGUGAAGUCUGAAAUUUCAAGUUUGAAGUACUACUCUUUUUCUUUUGUUUUUUUACUGCAACAGAUAUUCUGUUCUUUUCUCAUGGUUAUUUUAGCUUAUUCUACUACUUUUAAUCUUUCUCGUAAAAAGGUAAAAGGGUAAAAAAGCUUGGACUUUAAAGAUUUUCAGGUGUUCUUUUUUCUUUUUAAAUUCUUCUGCAAAUUUACAUUAUUUGAGAGAGGAACUGAUCAGUAUAGAAUCAAACUUCAAAGCUUCCAUUUUUAUGUCUGAAAACAACCUUGUAGUACUACUAGUAUUAAAAAAUCAUAUAUUUCUCUGAAAACAACCUUGUAGUACUACUAGUAUUUUUUUAGCAAACACACUGUCAUCUGUUCUUGCAAAAAUUCCUCUUCGAAGAUAGCAGGAGUGGCCUUAUCAAUAUGCAAACAGAUGAAACUGUUGGCGGAUUCGGGCUGCCUCCGACUUACAUAGUCGGAGACGCCAUGAACAAGCUUUCUGGCCAGCUAACGAGUCGAGUUGCCACAGCAAGCGAUGCUCUCUGUCCCAAUAAUAUCCUAUCAGCAAACCGAGCCAUGAGUCAAAUCAGCCCGUUCCAUGGGGCUGAUCGGUUUUUAGAGGCAAUUCCUCUCCCUAAUCUAUCCAUUGGCACCUUCCCUUAUACCUCCAUUGACAAUCAUCAGGAAAAGGUUGCAAUUCCGGGAUGUCCUCAAAACAUGAGAUAUAGCGCUGUCAUGAAUGGCCUAGAUGUCAUCGGUCCCUCCCUCGAGACAUUACCCCAUGGCUACGGAGGCCUACCUUUCCCUCCUGAGCUCAUUGGGAUGGUAGUUGGAAGAACAAGCCUCCCACCACCGGCCCAACCAGCUCGUAGCUGCAACUCGAGGGAAUGGCCAAUGAUGGAGCAAGUAGGGUUCGGUUCCCACAGCCAAGACUCGUCUCAGUAUAGCAAUGAGCUGUCUCUGAGUCUCGUGACAUCAAAGCCUUCUAUUCUACAGGGGCACUCAACACCACAGAUGCAGUGCUCGGAGAUGUGCUACUCGUUGCCCGAGCAUACUUCUUCCAGUAGCAAGAACCAGUCACCUGGCUCCAAACCGCUCCAACUUCCACCGUUGCUGCCAGGAUCAAGGUUUCUCGAGGCCCUCCAAGAAAUACUCGCUGCAAUAGCUUGCUAUGCACUAGAGAACAUUGAAGAUAUUGGAAUAAACGUCUCGUAUUCUUCAAUUAGCUCCUCCAACGGGAUUGAAGCGGAUCAAGCGUUUGUAUUUCAAAUGCAAGAAACUAGCCUUGAAGCAAAGAGAAAGCAUCUCCUAUCUCUACUGCAAAUGGUUGAUGACCAAUACAGCCAGUGCCUCGAUGAUAUCCACACGGUCACCUCUGCAUUUCAUGCUGUGACGGAGCUAGAACCUAAUCUGCACGCCCGUUUUGCUCUACCCACAAUCUCGUUCAUGUACAAGAGCCUCCGGGAGAGGAUCAGUAACCACAUUCUUGCAAUCGGAGCUCAUCUCAAGGAGGGAGAAACGCGAGAAAACAAGUCAUUCGAGGCAAGCUUCAUCCAGAAGCAGUGGGCUCUGCAGCAGCUUAGCAAGAGAGAUCAUCAACUAUGGAGGCCUCAAAGAGGCCUCCCUGAAACAUCUGUCUCCGUUUUGAGGACAUGGAUGUUUCAGAACUUCCUCCACCCGUAUCCAAAAGACUCGGAGAAGCACUUGCUUGCUUUGAAAAGUGGCCUAACUAGGAAUCAGGUGUCGAACUGGUUUAUAAACGCUCGUGUCCGGCUAUGGAAGCCAAUGAUCGAGGAAAUGUGUGCAGAAAUGAACAGAAGAAAAGCACGGGAGGAAGAUGAAGAAAUGGAAGGCAACCACAGAAACCAAAUGCGCUUUGAAACUAGGAGAUUUACAAGGGAUUGAUAAAGGUGUAUAUUUAUAUAUGUAUAUUUUAUGUAUUUCUCGUCACAAUGCUCUGAGCCUUUCUUGAUUUAUAGUCAGUGCAUUAUAUUGUAUGGUGCUCCAAAAUGGGAUCCAUGUGAAAAUCAAGAAAAUUGGAUAUUUGGAAGUGUUUUGUAUAAUCCAUUCUCUCCAUGUAUAGGAAUGCAAUUCUUGAUGAAA